CCCGCAAUAUGUCGAAGUCCAUCGUUGGAACCGUUCCCUACCCUUUACGUACCUUUACAAGUCAUGAACAAAGCUAUAGCAGAAGCACUAACCCUCGCAAAAGUUCCGGUUCGAUCAGAAAGCGACCACUAAGUCUAGCAAGCCUAGGCAAAUUAGUAAUGAGAGCAUCACGCUUCCCAACGUCCGCGGUCGCAUCCUAUCUCUCUAGGCAUCUCGCCUGCGCACAAUGAUGCUCGAAGCCUACCGCGACCCAUCCAAGAUCCUCGCACACGCCUGCAGCUACAAUAGCUUAUCUUCUCGUCUUGUUGAGGAAGCCGGCUUUCCCAUAAUCUUCCUCGCCGGUUACCCUUGUGCAAGCUCUUACGGACUACCCAACACAGGCUACAUUGCUAUGGCAGAAAUGUGCGACAAGAUCCAGGAGGCGGUGCGACAGGUGACGGUGCCAGUCAUAGCCGAUGCAGAUACAGGAUACAGUAGCCCUAUGAACGUCAAGCGCACAGUGCAGUGCUUUGCCGAAGCUGGCGCAGCUGGCAUUAUGAUUAAGGACCAGACUUAGCCGAAGAGUAUGUUGUUUCCAAUUUGCUUCUAGAUAACUAACCGACUUAGUAGAGUGUGGCCACACUAAGGGAAAGGCUGUUGCCUCACGAGGCGAGGCUUUUG